GCACAACCACCACCUGUAUCAAUAAACUCCCUGCUGCUCUUUCUGCGUGUAAUUGUACUAUCUAACGGAUAUCCACAGCCAUGCCUUCAGCUCUUAUUCUCAUUGCCGACGGCACGGAGGAAAUGGAAUUCACCAUAACAUAUGACACGCUCGUGCGCGCCGGAGUAGCGUGCACGUCCGCGUACGUUUCCCGGGAAGAUGACAAGGGAGGUCUCGAGAUAGGGAACAAGACAGCGCCUUCGUUCGCAAAGGGGUCGAGGGGGAUUAACAUCCUACCCGAUAGGUACUUCGCGCCGCUGGAGCUGGGACCGGACAAAUUUGAUGCUCUGGUCAUCCCAGGAGGUGCCAAAGGCGCGGAGACCAUCGCUACGAACUCACCGGUGCAGCACCUUGUGCGCGAGUACUAUAACAAAGGCAAGAUUGUCGGGAUGAUCUGUGCCGGGAGUCUUGCUGCCAAGACAUCCAACCUACCGGAGCAACCGUUAACUUCCCAUCCCAGCGUCAAGUCUGAAUUGGAGAAAGAUUUUGACUACUCCGAGGAUCCGGUUGUCCUUUCGAAGAAUCUGGUAACAAGUCGGGGUCCUGGCACGGCCUUUCCCUUCGCAUUCACCCUCGUUGAGCUGCUGUGCGGGAAGGAUAAAAGGGAAGAAGUGAGAGGUCCCAUGGUGUUUCCUCCGGGCACGCCGUGGUGAGGGGCAUAUAAUACGUAGGAAGUUCAAGCGGUCGCAGGUAUAGGAG